AUGGCUGCAAACAGCAGCCAUUGGCUCCAAACAGGCAAACGAGGUGCCUUUGGAAAGCCCCAGGGCACAGUGGCCAGGGUUCACACUGGCCAAGUGAUCAUGUCCAUCCGCACCAAGCUGCAGAACAAGGAGCAUGUGAUUGAGGCCCUGCAUGGGGCCAAGUUCAAGUUUCUUGGCCACCAGAAGAUCCACAUCUCAGAGAAGUGGGGCUUCACCAAGUUCAAUGACGAUGAAUUUGAAGACAUGGCAACUGAGAAGCGGCUCAUCCCAGAUGGCUAUGGGGUCAAGUACAUCCCCAAUCAUGGCCCUCUGGACAAGUGGCAGGCCCUGCACUCAUGA